AGGGCAGUGUGCAUCUUGCUAAUUAAAAUUGUCACACGCAAAAUGUGUGCAAAACUGAUAAAAGCCAUAAUAUAAAUAAAUUAUUGAUAGUAAAGUACAAAAACUACCGCAAAUUAUUGAUUAAAAAAGUCUACAUUCUAAACCGCAAUAGAUAGCGGUUUUCCGUUUUCUGACUUUUCUCACAUUUUUACCGAUUACUCCGAAAGGCGCAAUUAUGCGCAGCUAAUUUUAAUAAAUGUUUCUUAUGAGUAACUAGGCUACAAAUCAACAUAAAAUGUAAAGCGUGGGGAGACGUGGGUAACUGUCAAAAGUCUCGAUGAACUUACAAAAUACUUUUUUUUCCACCUUAUUUUAGUCUACGAUUAUUUUGACGUUAACGUUAACAUAAAAUUAUAAUUUUAUGGAUUGUUCAAAAACUUCAAAAGAUGAGCUUUUCAGAUAUGUAUAAUACUUUACAUACAUUCCUACAAAUUUUCACUUUAAAAUUACUUUGGAAGUGGCUUAAGGGUGCUCCCUCACCGGGAGCAUUCGCGUGUAAUGUAACGUUACAGAUUUGAGCAUUACAUCAGUGAAGGAGGAGAACCGAGCAUUACAAUGCGCACCUUGUAAUGAUACAAAACGGGCAUACAUCAGUGAAGGAGGAGAACCGAGCAUUACAAUGCGCACCUUGUAAUGAUACAAUGUGUAUUAUCUUGAUACAACUUGUAACAUCAAUGCGCUUCACAGCUUCAGCGGGCGGGCGGGGGGCUUCACUGCCCCUAGCCCCCCGCCCGCCCGCUCAGUAGCCUACGUGACAGUGAAGUGAACGCACGUUGUCAUAAAGUGUUUCUGACGCUUCGGAGAUUUUUUUGGCGUCACGGACAGUUCUAAAUUUAAGUAAUGGCUUGGGACAAAGAGAAGACUCUAUUAUUCAUAGAAAAAUAUAGGGAAAUCAGGGAAUUAUGGGACCCUAAGCAUCCUCAACACUUUAAUAAAAUAAUAAAACAAGACGGUUGGGUGAAAUUAUCGGAUCAAUUUGGAAUAACCGUAGAAGAAUGUCAAAAGAAAAUCACAAGCCUUUUAGCAUCUCUUAGAAGAGAAAAGAGCAAAAUGAAAAAAAGUGCUUCAGGAACCGGAAAAGGUGCAGAAGAAGUAUAUACUAGUACCUGGUUCGCAUAUGCAGCUUUAUCAUUUAUACUGGACAGAUAUGAACCACGGAAGACAACAGAUUCAAUUCCUUGUGAACCUGGGACACAAGACUUGCAGGAGACUCGCGACAAGCCACCUGAAAAUCCUGAUGCACCACAACGGAAAAAAGCGAAGGUGGAUGGAAGUGAUGAUAUAAUGCACUCGACUUUCCAAAUUUUGCAAGACUUUACUUCUGCUAAAUCGGAUGAAUGCACUACUUUUGGGAAAUUUAUUACUGAAAAACUCAAGACGUACUCUCAUAAUACUAGGGCCUGUGUACAGCACCACAUUUCCAAUAUCUUGUUUAGUGCCGAUCGCGGUGAAUAUGAGUACAUGUACCAGCAACAUGGAUAUUGGACUCCUGAUUCUCAACUUUCGCGUAAUGAAUCAAACCAUGCUGGACCAUCAGGCCUCCAAAGUACACCCUCACCAGCAGCAGUUCCAUCCACUGCAGACGCCCAACUUUCUUCGCCUGAAGCCAGCAUUAAUAGCCAAGAAAGUGAGGGGUUUAUGCGUGAAUUUGGAGAUCUGAUUGAUUAAUAAACUAGAUUAAUAAACUCA